AUCGUACCUGUCAAAAUUCAACAAUAAUAAACAACUUUCCACUUGCCAGUUGAACGCUAACGUGAAAUUGCAAAAAGCGAGGCGAUUUAAAAUGACCCAAUAAUUAAAAAAUCGGUGCGCAUUUCGCAAUCGCCAAGUUGUGUGUGGUGGAGCAGUGCCAGUGACUCAGGGGUUAAUACACCCCUAAGCUUUCCAUGGAAUAAAUUAAUUCAGAUGCGAGAUGUUGACGCCUGGUGUUCGGAUCGUCCGUGGCCCCGACUGGUCUUGGGGCAACCAAGAUGGGGGUGAGGGUUUCGUGGGCACCGUGUGCGAGAUCGGCAAGUCUGGGAGUGUGGGGUCCCCUGAUAAGACCGCAGUGGUCCAGUGGGACAACGGGACGCGGACGAACUACCGAGUUGGCUAUUUGGGCAAAUUUGACCUCCUUGUCAUUGACAACGCGCAAAUAGGCGUCAAGCAUCCUAACAUUGUUUGCGAUGGUUGCAAAAGCCAGGGCAUUUGCGGCAUGAAAUACAAGUGUUGCGUUUGCUUUGAUUAUGAUCUGUGUUAUAUGUGUUACCACGGCGAUAAGCAUGAUCUUGAUCACACUUUUAAGCGGUUUGACUCGGCCACUGCCUUGGGAGUCGAUUUGCCACCCCGACAGAAUGGGCGAAAAUGCGAGCUGAAGGGCAUUUUUGUGGGGGCCAAGGUGGUAAGGGGGUACAACUGGGAGUGGGGGAAUCAGGAUGGGGGUGAUGGGAAAGUCGGACGAGUUUUGGAUAUUAGAGGGUGGGAUAAGGAAAGUAGUCGCUCUGUGGCUAAUGUUACCUGGUUGUCGGGCUCGACGAAUGUCUAUCGGCUGGGGCAUAAGGGCGAUUGUGAUAUUAAGUUUGUUGAGCCGGCUAGUGGAGGGUUUUAUUAUCCCGAACAUCUUCCAAUUUUAGGGCACAACAUAGAGCAAGCGGUGGCUCGUCCAGUCAGAUCAGGCCCUCCUCCAUUCAGUGUCGGUGAUAAAGUUAAAGUCGUCGUUUCCGAAGAACAGUUGAAGACUUUACAACAGGGACAUGGUGGAUGGAAUCCCAAAAUGGCCGAAUACAUCGGCAAAAUUGGGAAAGUCCACCGCGUUACUGACAAGGGUGAUAUUAGAGUACAGUACGAAGGGUGCCAUAAUAGGUGGACUUUUAAUCCCGUCACACUGUCCAAAGUGAAUUCGGUGGCCGUCGGAGAUAUUGUUUGCCUAAGUACCGACAUCGAGAAAGUCAAGGAACUGCAGAAAGGUCACGGUGAAUGGAUCGAAAUAAUGAAAAACUCGUUGGGCAAAUUGGGCAAAAUUUUGAAAAUCUACUCCGAUGGCGAUUUGCGGGUGCAACUCGACGGACAUGCCUGGACUUUAAAUCCGCAAUGUGUGCGAAUAGUGCCUGGCAGUGCCGCCGAAUUGGCAAAUACGAUGCAAGCGACUCAGAAUCAAAGACAAGAACCGUCAAUGGAAUGGCAUCCGGCAAACCCGGCCGAUAACCAAACGAACGGAGUGGCCGAUCAGCUAGUGAGGGCUGCAGCUCAGGGACAUUUAGAAACUGUACAAAGACUGCUCGAGGGCGUGUCUCGCACCAUGGUGGACAUGCGAAGCGGCGGCAAGACCGCCCUCCAGGUGGCCGCUCAUCAGGGACACGCAGCUAUCGUCAGGCUGCUGCUCCAUGCCGGCGCUUCCGUCAACGCCAGCGACAACGACGGCGACACUUGCCUGCAUUAUGCAGCUUUCGGAAACCAACCAGAGGUGUUGGACUUGCUGAUCAAAGCCGGCGCCGACUUAAACACUGCCAAUCGCAGCGGUUGCACAGCUCUGCACAUCGCAGCACACAAGCAACCGGCGCGAUGCGUCCAAAUUUUACUAUCAGCGGGUGCAGACCCCAACUGUACUGAUCUCUACGGCGAUACCGCCCUGCACGAUGCUAUCGGAAAAGACAGUUAUCAAGUGAUAGAACUGCUGUGUGCAGCUAGCGGCAUUGACUUUACUUUGAGGAACAAGAGAGGCUUCAAUGCCUUGCAUCACGCUGCCCUCAAAGGCAAGAACUUUGCGACACGGAAACUCCUCACACAAGCCAGACAACUAGUCGAUGUGAAAAAGGACGACGGUUUUUCGGCCUUGCAUUUGGCGGCCUUGAACGGCCACAAAGAAGUCGUCGAAACGCUCGUGCACGUAGGCCAAGCGGAUAUUAAUUUAAGAAAUAAUAGAAACCAAACCGCCCUUCUCCUUGCUGUCAGUCAAGGUCAUUGCGGAGUCAUCGAGCUCUUAAUCAAACUGAAGGCCAAUAUAAACGCCAAAGACGAGGAUGAAGACACAGCUUUACACUUGGUCUUCAUCAAAAAAGCGCACUUGAACGGGGAGAUACGCCAAGAGGAGAGUCCUGACAUGUUUGCGAUUUACGAAAGUAUCGGUCAAGUGUCCGAAUACCGCCUGGCGGUCACAAUCGCCUGUUACCUCAUUCAGAAAGGCAUAGAUCUAGACACACUCAACAGUAAAGGACAAUCGGCCUUGAGUCUCCUCCAAGAUUCAAGUCUCCAAGAGUUACUAAAAAGUUACAAGCCAAACUUAGACAGUAAUCAAAUUCAAGAGAACACUCAGGAAACCCUCAAUUUAGAAUCUCUCAACUUAACCGAACCGCGCCACUCAAUGGACGGUUACAACCUAACCGAUAACACGCCCAAACACAGCCCUGCUCGGAACCUGUUCGACGACUCGAAAAGCAGUCGGAGAAGCCGCCGCGAGCAGAAGAACGAGAAAAUCCUCGACAUCGGCGGCACGUCUCAGGAAAACUCACCGAAUCACAAAAACCACUACUACCAGAACGAGAUUGUGAGCAGCAAGCCGGUCGAGUGUCUGGUUUGUUCGGAAUUAUCCGAGGAAAAUGUGAGACUGGAGCCUUGCAACCACAAGCCGGCUUGCGAGGAUUGUUCUUCGCGGAUGAAGAAGUGUUUGCAAUGCGGGUCAAUUGUGCAAAAGCGUAUCACGAAGGACGGGAGAGUUAUUCCGGCGAAGUCGAGACAACCAAGUGCUGAGAGAAUGAGAUACUUGGAAUGCAAAAUCGCCGAAAUUGAGGAAAGUCACGCGUGCAGUAUUUGCAUGGAGAGGAAGCGAAACGUCGUGUUUCUCUGCGGGCACGGCACGUGCUCCAAAUGCGCCGAUACGUUGAAAACGUGUCACAUGUGCAGGAAAACUAUCACCAAGAAAAUACCUAUUUAUUAAAGCUUUUAUUAUGCAGUAGUCACAACAAAUUUUUGCUAAGAGUUUUUUUAAAAGCAGCAUGGGGUUAUUCUGUGGAAACAGCGGGUGUUUAGGAGGGGCGACAGAUUAACGGAAGUGAAACGUUUCUUUGAUUUUAUUAUGUUAAUUGUGUUCCAAUGAGAGUCUGCUAAAAGUAUAUGCAUUUGUCCUGUAUUCUUCGAUAUCUUAUAUUUUUCUCUGUACUUUUUUAGAAUUCAUAUAUAAUAUUUUAACAAUUAAAAUUAAGUAAUAUGUGUUCAUAAAUUCCUGCCUGAUUAUUUUUUGUCUUAACAAAAUACAGGGGAAGAGAUACUUUUAGCAACUUCGCUUGGUUGUUUAAAGCACUUUUUCAAAAAUUUACUGAAAAUUUAUUUGAAUUUAUUUACGAAUCCUCUUCUGGAACGCCUGUUGUUCGCACAACUUCGACGCAGUAUUUGUAUUACGUGUUUAAAACACUGAACAUACAAAUAAUCAGAUAAUUAUGAAAUAAAAAAGAGAAUUGUGAGUCAUUUUUUAUGUAGAGAUUCUUCUAUUGAGCAAAAGUAAAUUGUUUGUAUGUUGAGUGGUGAGUUUUGUUACAUUGUAUAUUUAUUCCUUUGAAACUGUGAUGCAUAUUUUUUCUUAUUAUCAAUAGUAAGUGUAAGAUGUAUUGAUUCUUUAUAAAUUUAGACUGAAAAUAAAAAAGUGAAAACCA